AUGGAGCACGAGGACUUUCCUAAACUACCGAGGAAGCGUGAAUAUGACGACCCUAAGAUGAUCGGACUCUGGAGAAUCGGUCGGACAAUUGGUCAAGGUAGCUCUGGUCGGGUAAGGCUCGCUCGGCAUCAGAAGACAAAGCAGAUGGCUGCCGUCAAGAUAGUCUCAAAGGCGCUCUUGGUAAAGGCGGCUCAUUCUAUAGGCGACACCCCGGAACACAUGAUGCUUGGUGUUGAGCGUGAGAUCGUCAUCAUGAAGCUGAUACACCAUCCAAACAUCUUGCGGCUCUACGACGUCUGGGAAACCACCACUGACUUAUAUCUCAUUCUGGAGUAUGUCGAGGGUGGAGAACUCUUUGAUUAUCUCUGUGCUAAGGGUCGGCUAUCUACCUACGAGGCUUUGGGCUACUUUCAUCAAAUUAUCUCCGCUGUCCAUUAUUGCCACCGGUUCAAUGUUGCCCACAGGGAUCUGAAGCCGGAGAACCUACUUAUGGACGAGAACAAAAACAUCAAGGUAGCUGACUUUGGGAUGGCAGCAUGGCAACCACAAGGCCUACUUCAGACCGCCUGCGGAAGCCCCCAUUACGCUGCACCUGAGGUGGUCAUGGGUAAGCCUUACAAUGGAAGAAGCUCUGAUGUCUGGUCUUGUGGUGUAAUCCUUUAUGCUCUGCUGGUCGGAAAGCUCCCCUUUGACAACGAAGAUCAAAACCUUCUUUUGGAAGCGGUAAAGGCUGUACGAUACGAGAUGCCCAAAGGCAUACUAAAUGACUCCGCAAGAGAUCUCAUUUCUAGGAUGCUAGAAAAGGAUGUAACAAAACGUAUCACAAUCCCCGAGAUCCUGCAACAUCCUUUCUACUUACUCCGGCCUCCUACUGCCCCUCCUGCGGAUAUGCCCCCUUUGGACGAAAUCGCUAAACCUCUCUCAGGGUCUGAAGAGAUUGACUGGGACGUCCUGGGUAACUUGAAGACACUAUGGAACAACACUCCAGAGUCUGAUAUUCUUGACAGCUUGCGGACUGAUGAGCCUAAUUGGCAAAAGGGUGUCUAUCGCCUACUGAUUGACUAUCGCAGUCGUCGCCUAGAAGACUGGGACGGGGACGAAGACGAAGAGUUGGUCUCACCUAUUCAGAAAGCGGCACCUCGUUCAGAAAGAGGUCCCUCGUAUGGGAUGAAGAAGACAAUAUCUCAGGCAUCUGGUCUUGGGCAAAUCCCUUCUUCGCUCCCACGUCGCCUGUCUCCACCGACGCCUCAUCGGGUUACCGCACCGUCUUAUUUGAAUGGAUCUGACGCACUUCACGAAACCAUAUCAUGGUCUCCUUCGCGGGGCUCAUUGCCACCAUUAUCGCCCUUACCACCAAUCAUUCUGCCGAACCCAGACACGCCUCUGUCCGAGUACUUGGCACCUUUCCCUCACAACCUCAACACACCGCUGUCUCCAAACUAUCAUACGAUUAUUUCUCCCCACCCCAACACCCCAAUAUCUUCAAAAUCUAACGCGCCUCUCUCUCCCAACUCGGUCUCCAGUCCAUUGUCUACAAUAACGGUGCCUGAAGUCCAAGACGACAAGAUGCAGGUUUUCUUCCAGCAGAUAGUUGAUCACUUGCACGCUAUGGAGGAACGAACCACGCCUAUAAACUAUUCUCCGCUCGGAUUUUCGCCUUUACCUCUGGGCUCCCCUCUCGGCACGGACUCAUCUAUCCAGGCUUUCGGCGACAACAAAAGACUUGGGCGGCAUGUCUACUCCAGUCAGGGAAGUGCUGCUUCGGGUCAACACGUAAGGACACGAUCCAGAGGAGACAAGGAAAACAACGGCCUUGCGUUACUCGGUCCGGGGGCGUUGAAGUGGCCGUCCCUCAACCCAAAUGAUUCAGCGCGGUCGCCUCUCCACGUUCGUAUCAUUGAACCAUCUCCCCGAAAGCUGCGUAAGAAACGAAGCCUGGAUGUCUCUGCGAUAUCUCCAGCGCUCUCGGACGGCUCUUUCGCUAUGACAGGACCUCGCAGGCACUGGCUAGCCAAUGUUUUCAAGUUCAGACCAACGACUCAUCAGCUCCUUUCUGUUCAUGACAUUCAGGUCACACGCAAUGAAUGUCGCAGGCUGCUUGUCAGCCUCGGAGCUCAUGUUGCUGUGACGCGGCCAGACGAUAAUAACGUGCUAAAAUGCCGAUUCGAUGAACUGAAGGACCCUGCUAGGGUCAUGUCUGUCCUCAAGGCCGUCCGAUUCCGCGUUGAGCUCCAUGAUCCUCCGGCGGGACAGCUACCUCCUGAUUGUCAAGUGCUCCUGCAUUUUAUCCAAGAGAAAGGCGCAUCUACAAGCUUCCAGUCCCUUUUUAACAGUCUUAGGAGAAUCUGGGAUAUGGAUGGGAAGAAGACUCUUUUGAGCAGCACCGAUUGGAUUGAAGCGGAGGACUGAGAUGGAUUUCAUGUCUGUUUUCGGAUGUACCAGAUUAUCCCAAC